AUGGCCGACGAAGGGGUUGCGAACCGCUACCAGGUGCUGGAGGAACUCGGACGCGGGAGCUUCGGCGUCGUGUACAAGGGCAUCGAUAAGGCGACGGGGGAGACGGUCGCCAUCAAGCACAUCGAUCUCGAGUCGAGCGAGGACGAUAUCCAGGAGAUCCAGCAGGAGAUCUCGGUCCUCAGCACAUGCGCCAGCAGCUAUGUGACGCAAUACAAAGCCAGCUUCCUGCGAGGACACAAACUAUGGAUCGUGAUGGAGUACUUGGGGGGCGGUUCCUGCCUCGAUCUGCUCAAGUCGGGCAUCUUCAACGAGGCGCACAUCGCCAUCAUCUGCCGCGAGCUAUUGUUCGGUCUCGACUACCUGCAUUCGGAAGGGAAGAUCCAUCGCGACAUCAAGGCCGCAAACGUGCUGCUGUCCGACUCGGGCAAGGUCAAGCUGGCCGACUUCGGCGUCGCCGCGCAGCUGACCUACAUGAAGUCGCAGCGGAACACCUUUGUCGGCACGCCCUUCUGGAUGGCCCCGGAGGUGAUCCAGCAGGCCGGCUACGACUUCAAGGCCGACAUCUGGUCGCUGGGCAUCACGGCCAUCGAGCUGGCCAUGGGUGAGCCUCCCCAUGCCAGCCUCCACCCGAUGAAGGUUCUCUUCCACAUCCCCAAGAACCCGCCGCCCCGGCUCGAGGGCAAGUUCAGCAAGGAGUUCAAGGACUUUGUGGCGCAGUGCCUGGUCAAGGAUCCCGACUUCCGGCCCUCCGCGAAGGAGCUUCUCAAGCAUCGGUUCAUCCGGUCCGCCGGCAAGGUGGAAGCCCUGCAGGAGCUGAUCCAGCGCAAGCGGAUGGCCGACGCCAGGGCAGACCACGCCAAGCACCCUGUCUACUACCAAGAGACACUGCAUACCAUCUCCGCCAAGGACGAAGCCGACGAGUGGGUCUUCGACACCGUCAAGUCGGUGGCACCGAGGAGAGAAACUGUUCGGUCCAGGCAGCCGUCCUCCGUAUUUGCCGUCGAGGAUGCGAUGCGCAAGCUCGACGUCGAGGACGGCCCUCUCCAACCAAACACCCCAGGCACAGUGCGGAGAGCGACGAUGCGGCGGCAGCCAUCUUCCGCCUCGCGCCAGAGCUCUCGACAGAACUCGGUCCGCCGCCGUGCCUCCAACGGCUCACCACGGCCAUCCCUCGGGCAGAGGCGCCCUCUGCAACCCGACAUGUCGUUCGGCAACUCGGGGUCUACCAUGCGUCUGUUCCGGCGCGUACCCUCUGACGGCUCCAACCCGGGCUGUCUCGACACUUCCUCCUCGGGGUAUGCUGACGAAAACUACCCGCCGCCCGCCUACCACGCCCCCGUCGAGCCGAACGGCAAAGAGGCCAUGCUGGGCCGGCGGCUCUACGACAAAGCCCUGUCCCCCUGCCUCGACGAGCUGCACGCGCAGACGGCCGCCUCCUCGAAGCGGGAGGCCCUCGCCCGCCUCUCGGAUGCCUUCGCCGUCCUCGACGCCAUCGACCCCGAAGGCGCCUACCACCUCCUCCGCAACCUGGUCUCGGCCGUCUCCCAGGACGCCAAGCUCGCCAACGCCUUCCUUCCUCAGCAGUCGCCAUCAUCCAAACCCUCCCCACAAGACGGCAGCUCACCACAGCAGCAGCAGCAGCAGCAGAGCACAGUCCUGGUCAAAUCUUCCAGGCCUUCCACCGCAGCCAGUACUGCUGCGCCCGCCUCACCAGCACCAGCACCAGCACCUACACCAGCAGCGGCACCUACACCAGCAGCGGCGGCAGGGGGCGGCAGUCCGUCUAAGCUUGUCUUCAGCCAAGAUAAUCCCCACUUGAUGAGCCACCACCGCCGGAGAGGUAGUAUGCUCCCCCAGCCGGCCUCCCCGUCGUCGUCGCCGUCGUCGUCGUCGUCCGCUCCCCAAGGCAAAGGGCUGCCCGAGCGGGAGCGGGAUAGGGAAAAGGAAAAGGAAAGGGAAAGGGAAAAGCUGGCCGUGCUCGCGCUCGAGGCCAAGUUCCCGGGCAGGCCGGCCGUGCCGGGCAUGGAACACUGCAAGGCGCUGUCGGAUCUGUUGUACGCUCGGUGGACGGACGGAUUACGGGCGCGGUGGGGGGUAUUGGCGGGCGUCUGA